UGACUCGUCGGCGACCGAGCGGUCGAGACGUGCCUCGUCGAUCUUCUCAUAGAGAGGAGUGUCGGAUUUGCGCUCGCGAUCAUUGCCUAUUACUAUACCCGCCGACUCUCUCCAUAAGUUUAUAAAAAGCUAACGACUCGAUAAAAAAACCGUUCGGUCCGAGGCAAAACAAGAUCAUUAUUUAAGUCACCACAAAAUCGAGUUAUACAGGAUCAAGUAAAUUCAAGGAUCUCAAGCGAGCGAUUAUAUUGGAGACACUUUCGUCGAAGAAAAAGAGUCCCAAGGGGACAAGUAUACAUGACUGUGAUCCACGCAAUCUAAGCAACAAGCUAAGAAUAUUAAACCGCUUACUUCGUGCUGUUUUACGUGCACGAAUUUAUAAGAUCCUGGUGUCCUGGAGAACCAAAGAAUCCAGACUGCAAGUCGAUCCUCUGAUCGCUGUUUUAGCGAGGGAUCAAUCAAGGACGGGUUCCCUACGUUCGAUCAAACGAUCGCUUUCGGGACAGGUGAAGAAGAACAAGGGGAAACUAGCGCGAGGUACUCGUCCGGCAUCAAUGCAUCCCAGACAGCGGGAAGGGUUGAUCUUGCCCGGAAGUCAACGUUGCCUCGAGACGGUGGCCCGAUAUCGUCUACGAAGUUAUAUCAUGAUCGUUUCCCCAUGAGAGAUCGUUUCACCACCCUCGCCAUCGUCGUAGCGAUCAUCAUUGUGAUCAAGUCCCACCUGCUGUGUCCGCGACUACGUUCGGCGUCGUCGUUCGAGAAAAAGUGCCAGACUGUGAUACUACCCCGUGUGAUAGAGAAAUCGUCUUGUGAUCCCGCGUUUUACCUCAACGUACUCAAUGUCCGCGAAUCGAUUAAACGUGCUGGUGACCCUGCUGCUCGCCGUCGCGCUUCUUGUGACGGAAUCAGGAAACGCACAGGUAGAUGGUUAUCCCCAAUUCAGCUCGAAGCGAUCUGCCGUGAGUGCGCCGCAGAAGUAUUGCGGCAAGAAGCUUUCGAAUGCUCUACAAAUAAUCUGUGAUGGCGUGUACAACUCCAUGUUUAAGAAGAGUGGUCAAGCGCGAGAAGAAGCGAAUGUCGAUAGCAGAGAUAGCAACUUCGACUACGUUCGCACCCAAGAAAUGGAAAUGGCCGAUUAUCCAAUCGCCUAUGAAUUUCCCCCAUUCUUGCCGCGAGCGAGGGCACGGGGGAUGUUAGAUGGACGUUUUGCUGGCAGACGUUACCGAAGGCAGGGUCGAGGUAUCCACGAGGAAUGUUGCAUCAACCCGUGUACGAUAAAUGAAUUGACCAGCUACUGCGGCGGCAGAGGAAGCGCUUCGGAGUAACUGGUAACCCUUCGACUUCCGCUUUACUGCUCGAUCACCAUGCAAACCGAAUAAUCCCAGAGAUACACGCCUCACGCGCAUAUACCCAUACACGUACACACACAUAGAGGGACAUACACACAUUCCACAUUACGUACGGUACACGUUGGAAAGUUCACCGGUAAAUCGCAUCAUCGCUCACGUUGGAGACUGACUCGUGAUAAUUGUGUAUACAUUUACAUAUUACAUUUUGUAUCUGCGAUGGAACUGACUUUUUAACGCAUGAUCGUGCGCGGGAUUGUACAAUAUACUCUUCUCCUUGAUUUCUUGUGAACGAGGGGGCACUAGAGGGAAGGCAUAAAGAUCGAAGAGAUCGAAGAUAUGUUAAUUUUACAAGGUGACAUCAUCAGUAAUUCUGCUUCUUUUAAAUUAACGACAUUUGCCCGACAGUGGGAUGCAGAUUUUUGCGAUUGAGAAUGCUUGUUAAGCUUUAUUUGUGAUAACAGAUUAUAUAUAGACCGUUUGAAAGAUGAAAAAUCUGUUUGAUCUAAUUUAAUUCUCUCUAGCUUUUAAAUCUCAAAUACUUGUUCUAAAUUUAGAUGGUUCUUCCUUCACCUGCUCUGCCUUGUCUAUGAAAAGACACAAGUCUUUCCUUUACAAAUGUAAUUUAGUGAAACGGAAAUCAGUUUUAUAGACAAACUAUAUUCACAAUUGAGAACGUUUAAAAAUUAUUAAUGAUCUCUAUAAAAGACGUCACUUAAAUUAAAUUUAUUCUCUUUUAAAUUAUAUACGAUGUUUACGACAUUUUUUUGGAGAAACAAUAUCAGCGCCUCCAUAUUUGCCUGAUUAACAAAAGUUAAAUGGGACAAAAAGAAUAAAAACGGACAUUAGAAAGAGAAAAUAGAACCAAUCACGAUCUGUUCGCGCGUAUCUAACGUGUAAUUAUAGCGAUCAUCAUAUGAUCCACGUAAAAUGGAAAACAUGCAUGUUACGUGACUUCAUGCUUGCCUUGUUCGAAAUCGAUUGUAGAUUUGAAUUCAAAAGCUAUUUUUCUCUUUUUUUAAUCAGGCAGCGUCAAGUGAUAUCGCCACGCGAUUUUUCAAUUCAUAUAAAUGUAUUGAAAUAUUCGCACUUUUUUAUUUUUACCUCGUGACUUGCGAGAGUUUCUGCGUAUCUAUUAUCCACUUUCUGUUACAUUAGCGAAUAUCCCGCUCGCGAUUUAGGAUGCGUUCCGUUUUCACACGCAUACACUGUAAGCAUCAGAUCAUCCUUGUUAUCUGUCAAAUAUUAAACAAGAACAAAUGAUGCUUACGAGCGCUGUAAGCGCGAAACGGAACGUACCCUUAGAAACGUCGGAAAAUCUUUUCGCGAUUAUCGGAGGGAUACAGUCUCACUCGCAUGGUGAUUUUUGGCGACGAAGCAUAGAAGGAAUAGCUCGAAUAGUUUAGUUUCUUGUAACUUUAGUUAAUUAACUGUAACUUCUUUUUUUUUUAAUAUCAAAUUCGAGAUUCGUUUAACAAAUCGGAAGCGAGAACGCAUGCAAGUCGUUGCUCGGAGACGCGACGUCACUGUUUGUCGUUGAGCGAAUGCUGAAUUUAAUAUAGGACAUUACUGUAGCUUGCGUUAUUUUUAAUCUGCCAGAGGCUGUGACGAUUUCAAGGGGCAUCUACGACUGUACUGCAUAUGGUGAUAUUAUUCUUAUUCGUAGAACCUGUAUUCCCAAUUAUCCUUCGAGGAAAGGACCAGGAUGCGUAAAACGAUUGGAAAGUUCAUGUUAUGCAUCUUGCUGUAUCGCUCGUAUCGGAAUGCAGCAAAAUCAAUAUCAGUACAGCUAUGUAGAGAAAUCUAACUUACGUCCAUUUCUACCAAACGUAGAUUAACUUUAAUCUCGCGUUUACUUACUUUUUAUUUUUUUUCUAAUUCUUUUCUAGAAAUUAGAAAAAGAGUAAAUCGAGAUAAAUAUACAGCAAGGAACUUGCA